AUGACAUGUCUCGAAAAAUUCACUAUAUAUCUUUGUAUAUCAAAGCGCGAUAAAUUUAUUGAUAAUUCUCAUCUUGAAAAUGAAAUUCUUCGUUAUAUGCCACAUCUUCAUUCAUUUAUUUUUUAUAUUAGUACUUAUUAUGAUCGUGCUGAUGAUUUAUUUCAUUAUGUACCUAGACAUGAUAUUCAACAAAUUACUGUAAAUAUUAAACAUCAACAAUAUAUGGUUAAUAUGAUAAAUUAUAUCAAUAUUAAUCAAGCUGUAUAUUCUAUCUUCUCACUUCCUUUUACAUUUCAACGGAUUCGAGAUGUUGGAAAUAAAUUUCCAGAUAUUAUAUUCAAAUAUGUUACACACUUAGUGGUACAAGAUAUUGUUCUGUUCAAUCAUGAAUUCUUUCUUCGGGUUUCUCGAUCUUUUCCAUUACUGCAUAGACUUUCUGUUAUAAAUCCUAUAUUACAAUCGUCGUCUGAUAUGAAUUCAUUUUUAUUUAAUGAUAGUCAAUCAUGUUCAAUUGCUAAAUAUCCUUAUCUUACUACGCUUAGUGUCGCCGGAGAGGCAAAUAUUAACACUAUUGAAGAAUUUUUAAAUGAAACGAAAACAUCUCUACCAUGUCUAAUCAGUUUAAGGGCAACAUACAAUGAUUUAAAAAGUGUCACUAAAAAUUUUACAAGAGAAGAAACACGAAACAAUUGAUUAACAUCAUGUGCAACACCAAUUUCUACAACUUGA